AGAUGACGCAUUUUCCGCCAAGAUGGUUGUCGGUGCCUUUCCGAUUGCAAAGCUGCUCUAUCUGGGCGUGCGACAAUUGAGCAAACCAGUGGCUAAUAGGAUAAAAGCGGGCGCGCGGAGAAGUGAAUUCUUUAAAAACUAUAUUUGCCUUCCUCCGGCUCAAGCAUAUCACUGGAUCGAGAUGAGAACAAAGAUGAGAAUUAUGGGUUUCCGCGGCUCCACCAUCAAACCCCUGAAUGAAGACGCGGCUGCAGAGCUUGGAGCCGAGCUGCUCGGCGAAGCCAUCAUUUUUGUCAUCGGUGGAGGCUGCAUGGUGCUCGAGUACAGCCGUCAGGCUGCAAACUCCAGACGAAAAGAAGAAGAGCUCGCACAAUCCAUAACCAGCCUGCAGACGCAACUAGGAGAGCUGGCCCUCACCACAGAGACACUGGAUGCCCAGAUCAGAGAGGUUAACAGACUUCUGUUGUCUCUUCCAGCAGCCCCAAGUUCCAAAUAACUGUGUGCAUCACUGAAUUAGGCCCUUUCUGAGGAGGAUAAACAGACUUGUUAAUAGGGACUGCCAUCAGUUGUGGUGCAGCACUGCCAUAUACACGCAUACAAAGUCUUGCUUAAAGGGAUAGUUCACUCCAAAAAUUAAAAUUUUUACUCACUUUUUACUUUGUUGUACUGCUGUUGAACACAAAGGAAGACAUUUUGAAGGCAGUAACCGCUGGCUUCCAUAGUAUUUUUUUGUUUCUUUUUAGGUUUCCAACAUUCUUCAAAAAAUCUUAAUUCGUGUUCAAAGUAAGCAACAAUCACUUAAAGGCGAUUACAUUUUAAAAAGCUGCUUGUUCAAACUACUUAUUUAAAAGGUUAAAAGGAGCUGAAUCAACACAAUUCUGGAGUAUUUUUGGGAUAACUUAAUUGUUUUAAAAAAAUAAAGUUCAACCAACUUAAAUUUGUAAAACAAUUAAGUCAAUCGAUUCAUGUGUAAUUGGUAAGUAAAAUAAGUUCAUUUUUGGAUGAACUAUAGCUUUAAGUCUUCUUACACACACACUGUUAUAAAAAUAGAAAGAAAAAGAAAAUAAGUAAUACGGUUGUGUAUGAUGAACGUUGGCCAUUAGGACGACAUACUAUCAUUACUCAUUACUGAUUGGCUGAAUGAUCGUGUUAUCAAUCUUUUUUGAUGACAUUGUUAAACCAUUGCAUAUGUUUGACUACUCAUUGUUCUGCACUGUUCAGUUUGAAUGUUAUUUUAUAACAUUUCAGUGAUUUUUUU